AUGGACAAAUUUUCCAUCUGUUCCCUACUAUCCUCCGUCCGCUCAAUCUACCGGAAAACCAAAACACCCUCGUCCUCAAAAUGCAGCAGCACCUCCUUUAGUCUCGUUGUCGAAACAAAAGAGGUCAUCGAAGGUGUCCCAAAUCCACAAGCCGAAGUCUACACCCAGAAAAUCCUCUCUCUCUAUACACAGCUAUCCCAACUCACCGAUCUUAGUCCUUCGCCUGUAACCAACGGUUUGUUUUCAGAACUUGUGGGAACUUGUAUCACUGUUGUUCCUGGCUUGAUUUCAAAUUUGGUACUUAACGACCCACGAGUCUCUAGCAUUUUACCUAUGCUCCGAGAAAUCUGUGCGACCGCCGAAGCAUGCAUGGAGUCGUACUGGGCAGAAGCCAUUUCUAGCACUGAAACUCAUGAGGAUGGCAAGUCUCAUCGCUCAGCCCAUCGUAUCCUGUCCACCUUCCCCUACGACAAAAACUACGAACACCUAACACGUUUCGAACUCGCCGCUAUUACCUCAACUGGCUUUACUCUCUCCCCAUCCACUAACAUCGCUUUUAUCGGCUCGGGUCCAAUGCCACUCACCAGUCUCUGCAUCUUAUCUGCACUCUCCUCAAACCACAUGACAUACAACAUCACACCUCCUUCAUCUAUUCCAUCUAUUUCCCCCAUGCCACAAUAUCCCACCACCAUCACCAAUAUCGACAGUAACCCCGUCGCCAACACCCAAGCUCAAGCUCUGUGCAAAUCACUCGGUGGACUUCCAUCCACCGGAAUGAAAUUUCUCACCUCAUUAGCUGGAUCUAAUGAUCUCGAUCUCUCGAGUUAUGAGAUCGUAUGGUUAGCAGCAUUAGUGGGAGGUACCCAGGAGGAUAAAGAGUGUAUUUUGCGAAAUGUGGUGGGGAUGAUGAGGAAGGGGAGUUUGUUGGUUAUGAGGGGGGCGUGGGGGUUGAGGAGUGUGCUUUAUUGUGAUUUCGACGUCACAACCCCAGCAGUAACCCAAUAUCUCGAUAUUCGCGUCCGCAUGGACCCAUUCGGCGAUGUCGUGAAUUCUGUUAUUGUAGGGAGAGUGAGAUAACUCUGACUCCCUCUAUCCUUAGCUUGGUUCUGGGAGAAGAGCUUGAGAUUUAUUCAUAUUGUUAAGUUGCUGGAUCGUGGUUGGACUGAACGGAAUUAAAGUGGACUGAACUGAACUGAACUGAGAGGAUGAAGACAGAGAUGAAGACGGAGAUGAAGAUGCUGGAAUGGUAAGAUGCUAGAAUGGUGGAAUUUUAUAAUAUCAUUAUGGAUGGAUGGGUAUGGUAAUUGGGAGGUGUUGAUGAAAGAUCAUAAUAUAUUACUUGCGAUUAGGAAUUUUUAUUCUCAUUUUUUGGUUCUUUUGGGGAGGAAGAGGAAAGGAGAGGAGAGGAAAGAGGUUUCCAAGCUGAGAUGAAUGAAGGAGUGAAUGAAUAAAUGAGACCAUGCAGCGCACUGAUGUUUGAAUCCAACUAAACUAAAUUACAAUCGUGGAUGGAAGAUAGAUACCUAGGUAGGUAGAUAGAUCGAUCUAUAGGAUGUGAUAAUUGUAUAGAUUACCUAGAUGAGAUGAGAUGAGGUGAGAUUCGAUGAGUUGAGUUGAGUUGAGAUCAGAUCAGAUCAGAUUGAUUUGAUUUGAUAUAAGGAUUUAUUAACGACUUGGUAUAUUUGUUACUUCAUAGCGUGUAGCGAGUAGCUUGAUGAAGUUUGAAGUUUGAUGCUUGGUAUUCAAUGUGGAGAAAAGAAUAUGAAUAAAGUAUAAGCAAGUAUGCGUAAGUGUGAAUAGCUUCAAUAUAUACACAAACAUGUAUGUAUAUCUAUAUCUACAUUUACAUUCGCA